AUGGUCGCUAAGAAGCCUCAAGAUAUUGACUCCUCUUCAUCUGAUGAAGAUCUCCCAGCAGUUGAAGUAGAAUACCCCACAACACCAGUGAAAGCAAGAAAACAACAAGCUGCUAAGAAGCUUAGAAAGUUAAAGGCCAUGUCACCUGUAGCUAAUAGAAAUAAGCGCAAACAAUCUACUUCAGUUUCAUCAUCUAACAGUGCCUUAGAUGAUGGUAUUUCAACUGUUGUUUCCAGUUCGUUGCUAAGCAAUUCAACUUUGUUGGAUAGUUCUUCAACUGCACCCUCUUCGUCAAACAAUUCGUCUUCUUCCAAUUCAGGUAGAGAUAGUUUUGCCAGUAGUUCAUCUGAACAUGAUAUCAUGGCGAUCAAAGCCCAAAUGCAAGAAAUGAUUGGAGUUUUGAGAACCGUAACAGGAAAUAUCUCUGAACUUACUAAGAAAGUUCAGGAGAGAGAAGAAGAAUCAGAUGAUGAUUUUGUUAAUCCAGAAGCUAUAUCUCCAGAAGUUUGGUUACGUCAAACUUAUAGAGACCUUAGAAGAGUAAGAGGAGAAGCCAGAGUAUUCCCUGUCACUUAUCUAGAUGUCGAUUUCACAAAUUCUGAAAAUUUAAAACUCAACCGAGUGAGAGGUCUUUGUAAAAUAUUCUUAUCAACCUAUUAUUUGUUUAAUUAUAAUGAAAAAUCACCUAAUUAUGUUCCACCAACAGUUAUUGGUGCUGACGGUGCUCCUGAAGCAAAAUAUA